AUGCCCAAAGUUCCUCGCCCUAUUUGGUUCGCUGGCACUGGAGCAGUAAAAGCUGUGUGGUGUGCGCUAGCCGACGGGUUGUCCCAGCUACAACCUCAACAUUCGAUGGCAGAAUCUUUGUCUGUAUGCGACCAUCGGUUGUGUGAAGAAGUUCGACAAUUAGAGACCAAGAAAAAGUUCACCCAGUGCAUCACCACGCUCGAGUCGUUGUUGAUCGCCUUAGUUCGAGCUCGAGGAGUGGACGAGCUAGAGACGAAGCUCUGGAAACAACUCGUCGUCACUUGCAACGCCUUUGCCAGUCGCUGUAUCGACUACCAGAAAUUUCCGACCGGACUGCAACUGAUGAAGCAGGCAGAACAUCUCAUCGACAACUCCAUUUUAGUGGAUAAUACUACGAGGACGGAGCUCUUGGCUUACUUGUAUGACACGUAUGCGCACUACUACUACAAGCGGCGUAAGCCUCAUGCUGGACUCCAGUAUAUGAUGAAAGCGCACGAGAUCCACAGCAGACAGAGCAGCUGGUCUCAUCUCGCGAAGUGUCGACUGCACAUUGCGAACCUGCUUUCGUUCCAGAUGAAGCACGUGGAAGCGAUGAGAUACAUGGCCAGUAUCCUCGAAAUGAUCGAGGAAAAUAAACUCGAGGAAACAUCCGAGGCCGGUGGCGGUGGCUCGGCACAGAAGCUUUGUCUUGCUGCUGUGUGCUACAAUAACUUGGCGGUCGAACAGCUGCAUAUGCGCGAGUUUGAAGCGGCGAGUGUGUCCUCGUCGAACGCCCAGAGACUUGCCAAGUUGUGUCUAAGUUACAGUAACCGGUGGCUCGCGCAAUUCCAGGCUACAAGUGAGUGUGUGGCCUUGGCCAUUGCAACUCUGAUGGAAGAUACCAACGCGAAUCAAGACCCUCUUGUAGAUUGCAGAUCGUUAACAGUGGCAAAGGAAUACUCAAGCUAA